AUGGCGCGUUUCUCGAUCCCGACCAAGGGGCGUUUGGCGUCGGACGUGCGCCUUCCGCCUUCCAAUGCCGCUGUUCAGAAAGCGCUGGGCCGCUUGUCUCGCUCAUCACUUCUAACUCUUGUAUUGGAUUGGAUUAGCGACGAGAACGUCACUCUUUGUGUACCAUUCCUGGGGGAGGACAUUGACGAUGAUGUUUUCUAUCAGCCAGCCGCAUCGCUGGAUGAACUGCGGGCUGUUUACACGGAGCUGCAAUCCCAAAAAGGGUCCAAGAGAGACGUUCUUGACCGCAUUAUCGAAGGCGACUGGCAGCAUGGUCUGACUCUGUACCAAUUGGCCAUGGCAGAUGCCCAAUAUCUUCAAGACCAUCCGGCGUCACAAAAGUGGACGGCUUAUAAAAUUCUGCCCCUGAAGGAGAUAUCUCUUGAGGGGGGUGAUGAGCAACCGGUUCUGGAAGUCGACAGAAAGUCAUUGAAACUGCCACGAUUCCACCCAUCCACAUUUAUACAGAAUCUUCAAUCUCAUGUUCUCCCAGACGUCAAGGCCCACUAUCACAUUCACCGGCCACACGGACUAGCUCUCUCAGUCUUGCGCAUCUUCAUCGUGGAGUCCCCAUACAGCACAAGCAUGGCGCAUCUUGGUAAUGGAAGCAUAUCCACUAACCCUGAUGGCGAUAACUCUCGGACGCUUUAUAUAGCAUUUCCUGACGCUUCGCCAUACAUUUACCUCUCCAAAUCGCAAACUCUUGGAACGCUAGGCGCAGCAGAGUCAAAGAGUUUCCGCAACCUGGUUGUUGCAGGUAUACCAAAAGCUCUUUCUCGGCCUCGAGAAAGAUAUAUACUGAAACCUACACAAUUCUCGACUAAGAACAUCUCGGCAUUGUUACACACCAGAGGUGUCGGCCGUACAAACGCGGCUGCAGGUGGAUGGGACAUUUAUGCCGACAAGAAGAAGACCGAGUCACCCCUUGAUACCAUUUUACCUACUCCUCCGUUCUCUGAAGAUUCAUCCGACGACGGUCCGAAUACGCCUAGAACCACUGCUCUCAAGAGGAAAGCCGACACAUCUGAUGGCAUCGACAGGGUGUCAAAACGAUCCCUUCUCUCUGCUCAAGCAAGGUUUGGGGACACUGCUAGAGUCGAUGAUGGGCUCGCCAUCGAAAGAGUAGACAUUACGAUCGAAGAUCCAUUUAUCGGUCUCCCUCAAGAUGCAUUGAACGCAGAGAAAGAUUCCCAGUCUGCACAAAGAACGGACGGAAGUCAGGAUGAUGGCAGGUCACGCUGGACUCCGGAUGUGAAGUUGGUCUUCCAUGGCUCUCAUGUAUUUGCCGGGAUACGAAAACUAGUCGAAAACGGGAUUGUGAAUGGAGAGCGGAUGCCCGGGUGGUUAACAGGAGAAGAAAACGUCACUGUCGGGGCCGUCCGACAUGGCAGGGUGAGGGGAUAUAAAGGAUCAGGGAUAUGA